UCUUUUUUAUACGGCUAAGAUACCCGUAGUUAUCUCUUUAGAGCUUAUGUGUUGUGGAUAAACGAAUCUCGCAGAAUUCGGCAUUUCACUCGUCUACAAUUUAAAACAUCAAAAUAAUUUGCUUAUAAUGGCUGAAGCCGGACUUGACAUGAAGAAAUUGAAUUAUUCUGUGGAUAGCUGCUCUAGUUUCUCCGCUACAUACUUCCCUGAGAAUAUUAUGAAAGAUUUCCCUGCAGAUCAGGCAUCUAGGUGGUCUUCUGAUUCAAACAUACCUCCUCAGUUUAUACUGUUAAAGUUAGAGAGAGCAUCCUUAAUUGAAAGUAUCACCUUUGGUAAAUACGAAAAAACCCAUGUUUGCAAUCUGAAAAAAUUCUGCAUAUAUGGGGGACUCCAUCCAGAGAAUUUGGUUGAGCUACUAAACAGUGGUCUUAAGAAUGAUAAUCAACCAGAGACUUUUUCACUGAAGCACCUUGUUGAAGGAAAAAUGUUUCCAUGUCGCUACAUCAAAAUUGUUCCUGUCCAGUCGUGGGGACCCAGUUUUAACUUUUCCAUUUGGUAUGUUGAAUUAAUGGGUACACAAGAGUGGGAUGCCGUGAAACCGUGCAUUCAGUGGUAUAAUGCCUACCGGGAGAGGGAGGCAAUACGAUUGUGCUUGAAACAUCUUAGGCAAAAUCAAUGCCUUGAAGCAUUUGAAUGCCUGCAGAAGAGAACCAAAGUUCAGUUAGAAGAUCCAUUACUUAGUGAACUACACUGGGCUAUGGUUGUUAAGGGCGAUUACGAAGCGACCGAACAACUUCUACAUCGGGCGGUUGACAAUGGGCUAUUCGGACCGUACAUCUAUUCACAAGAUUACGUACCGGAAUGGUCAAGAAUUCUUCCUUGCAUCGACGAGGAUCCCUGUCAUCGUCCAGGAAUGAGAGGUGGCCAUCAGAUGUGCAUCGAUACAAAUACAGAGACCGUUUAUCUAUUCGGUGGCUGGGACGGUGUCCAGGACCUAAACGACUUAUGGUCGUAUUCAGUCCCGAAUAAUACUUGGACCCUGCUGAGCAAUAACACAGAGGAGGAAGGCGGUCCCAGUGCUAGAUCAUGUCAUAAAAUGUGUUUAGAUCAAGACCAUCGACAGCUGUUUUGUUUGGGACGUUAUCUUGACAGUCAGCACCGUCACACCAACAAUCUCAAGAGUGAUUUUUACAUGUAUGACAUUGAACAAAAGAAAUGGCACCUUAUUUGUGAGGACACUGCUGUCGUCGGCGGCCCAAAACUCAUAUUCGAUCAUCAGAUGUGUCUAGAUCCUGAGAAAAGAACAAUUUACGUUUUCGGUGGAAGGAUUCUCAGCCCUGCUCCUGGUUAUCCGGAGGAGCGAGGGUUGGCCGUAGCAAGCAGUAGUGGAGUCGGCGGAGCUUUUCUUUCAGAGCCACAGUUCUCCGGCCUCUAUGCGUAUCAUAUACCCACCAGCACGUGGCGGUUGUUACGAGACGAUCCAUCUGGUUCCCCAGGAUUGGGUCCCAUUGAAAUGCGUUCUAGGAUCGGACAUUCAAUGCUUUUUCAUCCAAGUGAACGCAAGUUAUUCAUCUUUGCCGGCCAGAGAAGUAAGGAGUACUUGAACGACUUUUUUACCUAUAAUGUCGAUACGGGUGAAGUGACAACUGUCACUGACGGUACAAGGCGUCGUGAUCCGGCUCAGAUUCCAGCGGCUGGCUUUACUCAGCGUGCCACUAUCGACCAUGAGCUCAAUGAAAUCUACAUUCUUUCUGGUCUGAGUAAAGACAAAGAUAAGCGUGAUGACAACGUUAAAAAUUCCUUCUGGGUUUACAACAUAGUUGAUAACAAAUGGACUUGUGUCUAUCGAAACGAUAGUUCCCGCGAGAAGGAGUCAGACAGUAAUAGCAAAAUGCCUGGCGAGGAACCAUGUCCGAGAUUUGCACACCAGCUCGUGUAUGAUCACGUCAAAAAGGCACAUUACCUGUUCGGAGGAAAUCCUGGACGUUCGAAUGAUCCCAAAAUGCGACUUGACGAUUUUUGGUCACUUCGCUUGUGCCGACCGAGUCAGAGCCAGUUGUUGACUCGUUGUCAGUUCCUGAUCCGCAAAUGCCAGUUUCGUGAGUUAACGGAAGCCGAUCCUAUCAGAGCUAUGUUAUACCUACAGAACAACUUAUCAGCUGUCGUGGAUCGCACAAGCGAUGACCAAAUGGCAGAGUUCCAUCGACUGACCAAUCUUCUAUUUCGCACCAAGGAACAGCAGGAAGAAGAUGAACUGUUGAGUGGAAAAGUCGACAAUGCCGAAUCAACUGUCAACAGCUCUUAUAGGCUUAGAUCUAGUGUUUUUGAUGCGCUAGCUCGAUUCUUUCCAGAUUACAUGGCUCAACCGAGAUUCAGUCUAACUGACUUUGUCGCGUUUGACAAGGCUUGAUUUAACAAACGAGAUGCCUUUUCAAAUGAUAGCGCAGCUUAUCAUUUCAAUAACAUUAGCCCGAAACGUGUUCCGAUCCCAGGUCUCCACUUCAUACUUUACAUCAUGUGCAAAAUCUCUUUUAUCUAACCUGUUUGAGUGCUAAUCGAAAUUCGGCUUGAAAGGCGCUCAGAAUUGAUUUUUUUCAGUUAUGAUGUAGAAGAUUGUUCAACCGGAUUAUCUGAUGAAGAUGUUUUGUUUGUACAAAUUAUAUAAACUUGCCUGUUACUUGAA